CCAGUGAGUGGCCGUUUCUGGGGCCAGACUGCGGUUGGUAUACAGGAGCAGCGAGAGGAGGAGGAGAGCCGACCCUUCCAGCGCCGCUCUCCGGGCGAUGCCAGUGUAAAUGCCAGGGCGAUGUCCCGACGCAAGCAGGGGAACCCGCAGCACCUGUCCCAGAGAGAAAUAACAUCGGAGGUUGAGCAUCCAGAUGGCAGCCUGCUCUCUGACUCCUUACCCCCCCACCGGAUUGGCCUGUCCUCCCACCCGCUUGGCCUACCAUCCCACCCGUUGGAGCCCAGCCUGGUCCACGCCCUGCCACCAGGCCUCCACGCAGACCACGACCUGCUGACCUGCGGCCACUGCCAGAUGACAUUCCCGCUGGGAGACAUUCUCCUCUUUAUUGAGCACAAGAAAAAGCAAUGCCAAACGCCGCUUCUCGCCAAUGGCUGCUACGACAAGAUGACAGACCGGGGAGGAGGAGGAGGGAGUCCCACUCUGCAGGGCCUUCAUCACCACGGCCAGCGAAUGGAGCUGAGGAAGGUGGUGGAGCCAGUUGAGAUCGGCAUCCAGGUGACACCUGAGGAGGAGGAGGAGGUAGGACGAGGAGGGGAAGGAAGUGAGAGGGGAGAGAGGAUGCCUACCAAAGGAAUUUGCCCCAAGCAGGAAAAUGUACCGGCAGGUGGAAGGGAUGAACCUUCCAGCUAUAUAUGUACCACAUGUAAGCAGCCCUUCCCCAGUGCCUGGUUCCUGCUGCAACAUGCCCAGAACACCCAUGGCAUUCGCAUUUACCUGGAGUCCAACCCCUCCAGCACAGCCCUCACCCCACGUAUCACUAUGCCUCCGCCCAUGGGCAACGACUCAAUCCCGCAGUCCCCCCUCACUAACUUUCUUGGGGAUAACAAUCCCUUCCACCUCCUAAGGAUGACGGGUCCUCUGCUCCGGGAGCCUCCCCCAGGCUUCAUGGAGAACCGCCUCCCAAACACGCCUCCAUUCGUCAGCCCACCUCCCCGCCACCACCUGGACCCCCACCGGCUGGAACGCCUUAGUGCAGAGGAAAUGGGCCUCAUCUCCCAGCACCCCAGUGCCUUUGAGAGGGUGAUGCGGCUAACGCCCAUGGCCAUGGAGUCUCAGUCCAUGGACUUCUCCAGACGCUUACGUGAGUUGGCAGGGAACACCAACAGCACCACACCACCGUUGUCACCCAGCAGGGGCAACCCUAUGCACCGACUACUAAACCCAAACCCCUUCCAGCCUGGGCCAAAAUCGCCCUUUUUGAGCACGCCUCCCCUCCCACCUAUGCCCCCAAACAGCACCACCCCUCCCCAGACACAGAACAAGAUCAAGUCCUGUGAGUUCUGUGGUAAGACCUUCAAGUUCCAGAGCAACUUGGUGGUGCAUCGGCGCAGCCAUACUGGAGAAAAACCUUACAAGUGCCAGCUGUGUGACCACGCCUGCUCUCAGGCAAGCAAGCUGAAGCGCCACAUGAAGACCCACAUGCAUAAGGCUGGAUCCCUGACGGGGCGCUCAGAUGAUGGAUUGUCUACCACAAGCUCCCCAGAGCCAGGCACCAGUGACGUCACAGGUGAGGGCAUGAAGAAUCGCGAUGGGGACUUCCAGGGGGAAGGCAAUGAGGAGGAGGAAGAGGAGGAAGAGGAAGAGGAACUUGAGAAUGAGAGUCGACCAGAAUCCAACUUGAGCAUGGAGUCUGAGUUCUUCCGGAACAGGGAGAAUGGUUCUAAACCGCCCUCAGAGGAGAAGUCAUCACUCACCCUUGAGAAGAUGGUAGAAGGCGGGGGGCUCAACUCUAUACAGCAGUACAAUAAUUUGAUAGUUGACAAUCGUAAAAGGAUGCCCUUCUCCAAGAGGGGCUCAGAUGGCCAGCGGGACACUGGGGAUGAGGACUCAGUGGCUGGGGAGAUGGACCACCACCAGCAGGAAGAGAGGACCACCAUUAAUGGCCGGAACUGUGGCUCUAGUGACUCUUUCUCAGGCCUCUUCCCCCGUAAGCCCACCCCCAUCACCAGUCCCAGCCUGUCCAACUCUUCAACUAAGAGGAUCAAGAUUGAGAAAGACUUGGAUAUUCCCCCAGCAUCCCACAUCCCCUCUGAGAACGUCUACUCCCAGUGGUUGGUGGGCUAUGCUGCUUCACGCCACUUCAUCAAAGACCCUUUCCUAGGCUUCACCGACUCCAGACAAUCUCCCUUCGCAACCUCCUCUGAGCACUCAUCAGAGAACGGCAGUCUGCGGUUCUCAACACCUCCGGGUGACCUGCUGGAUGGAGGCCUGUCGGGCCGCAGCGGCACUGCCAGUGGGGGCAGCACACCUCAUCUGGGUGGAGGCCCUGGCCCAGGCCGACCUAGUUCCAAGGACGGCAGGAGGUGUGACACCUGCGAAUUCUGUGGCAAGGUGUUCAAGAACUGUAGCAAUCUUACGGUGCACCGGCGCAGUCACACUGGCGAAAGGCCCUACAAGUGCGAGCUGUGCAACUAUGCCUGCGCUCAGAGCUCCAAGCUCACACGCCACAUGAAGACACAUGGCCAGCUUGGUAAGGAGGUCUACCGCUGUGACAUUUGUCAAAUGCCUUUCAGCGUCUACAGCACUCUGGAAAAACAUAUGAAAAAGUGGCAUGGAGAACACUUGAUGACCAAUGAGGUCAAAAUUGAACAAGCAGAGAGAACCUAAAGCAGGUUUCAUAUUUCUAUACUCUGCGCCACACUUUGACUUAAAAAAUAAAACAAAAUGGGGUAGCUGGAUACUCUUUUUCUGAAAUAUUAAUUUUGGUUAAUUUUGUGUUUUUGCCUAAGAAACUGCCAACUGAGAAAAAAGUGAAAACAGAGAUCUUAACACCAAUUGAAGCUGUCUAAACUGCCUCAUUUGGCGUUACCUUUUUAAACAAUCAGUCAGUUGAGUUAUAACAUAUGUGGAGCCUUUAACUGUGCAAUAAUUUCUGUAUUUAUUGGAUUUUGUAUUUUGGCAUGUGCAGGUACAUUUUUAUUUAGGCAUUUUUUAAAAUUUGUUUUACUUUGACCUUGCUUUACUGUUUUUUAAAAACCCACAUGAUAUCCUGAGAGUUUUUUAGAAAACAAAAGUUUCAAGUAAACUUUUUUGGCCGCUACAUGUAGGAAAUUGUAUAUUAAUCUAAACAUGUAAUUUCUUGAAGAGAAGCUGAAUUCAAUCUUAAUUGAAGUGGCGUAAACUGAGAAUACUAGAAUUAGUUUAUUUUGUGUGAUGACGAUACGCGGACAACAAUCCUUUGGCAUUGUAGCAUGAACUGUCAAUAUAAUUGGAUACGUAGCACUGAGUGUCAUAUUUGACAGCAGAUGUAAAAUCAAAGAGGUUUCCUCCUGAGAACACCAUAACCAGCCAGAAGAAACAAAUUCUAGAUAAGGCAGCUGCUGACUGGUAUGUAGUACCAAGGCCUGACAACGCUAUGACAACCAUUCCUCGUUUUUUCUGCUUUCCACACCCCCCUCCACAUACUACCAUCUUACCGACAUUCAUACAUCACUGUAUUAUAUGUUGCAUGAAGCCAUAUGAGCUAGGCUAUAUUAUUUAUUAGGAGUAAACUGAGCAUCAAGCCAUGCAAGACGAGUAUACAUAGAGAGAGAUGGUAAAACGAGACAUGAAAGUGAGCACAGGGACAUCUCAGGGUGAGCUAUACUACUAAUCUUUAUUUAUCUAAUCAUUCCUAUGUUCCAGAGGCAUUUCCAUUACAUCAUAUGUCGAAAUAAUUAGGCACAGUUAUGUCAUCUUGUUUUCCUCUGCCCCCUCUCUGGCUAAUAUUCAAGCUUUAUCCCUUAUUACAGUGUACACACUCAUAUUUGAAGUCAGAGCUUCUAAUUAUAACGCAAAUUAGUUAAGAGAGGGUUAAAUGUAUGUGAAUACACGGCAGAUGUCACCACUAUAACUGGAUAUCUCCAGAAAAUUUAUGUCUCACAUUUUAUUGUCGAAAUUUUUAAAAAAUCAACACCCCUAUGCAUUUUUGUGCUAAAAUAUAUCACAAUUUGUUGAAAUUACAUUAGUUGUAAACUUUGACUUGUAUUGUUAUUAUGAUUCUCUAAUUGUAUAAUCUGAUUAAUGAAGUCACCUCUCCAGGAAUAAGGAUUCUUCAGAGUUUCACUGUUAUUUGUGGGACAAUUUUGUGUAGAAGAGGAAAAUGUGUAAUUGUGUGCUGAAAUAGUAAGACUAAUAUUAAGACAAGCAGCACCAGCUCAGCCCAUGCUCCUUUUGUAAUUUUAAAUAUCAUAACCCCAGUUUUCAUUCAUAGUGGCACUUUUUACUUUUUAAAUCAGAUCUGAUUUAAUGUUGUCAAUAUAAAAAUUCAGAGCUCAUAACAACAGACCCACACUUAAGACUUCCUGUCCAGCACACAGAAAGCGGGACAGAAAUGGUACUAAAGGGUCUAGAGCUUGGGAUCUCCUGACACUGAAGUGCCCAGAGUUGAUAGGCUUGGCUUUCCCAAUGCUGGCACUAUAAAAUAAAAAUAAAUAAAAAACUAUCUGUGACAGUUUUUGUACUGCCAUUCAAUUUGACAUGAGUGUGCCUUGAAUAAUGAUCUUCCUAUUUAUUGUCUCAGACAAAUGCAACAGUUUUUAAUGAAGCAUCAAAUUCAACAAGAAUAAGAAACAAUAAUUUUGGUAACUUUAAAAAGAAUUACUUAAAUUAAUACAAAUGAAACAAUGCUGAGUUUAGGUUUAGGAGUACCCAGCACAAUUCUGAUGUGUCUGUGUGUGUAUAUA